GGAUGAGAGGUGCCGUCCAGGUUAAGAAUGCUACUUCCGGGGCAGCUGCCGGGGCAAGCUCCAGGGCGUUGGGCGUUGCGACUGCCCCGAAAUCACUGAAUAUUGUACCUAAGUACCUAGGUAGAUAGCUUCAAGGUUAUUGCCAAGGCCAUAUACCUUCCGGGUGAUGGAUAACAAAAGGGACUAGGCGGUUUUCAGUUUUCAAUUGUCAUCCAAUACACCAACUCGCCGCCGUUCUCAACCUUUUAGAUCUCGGCGAUUUUUUUACGACGCGGGCGCGCCAUCCUGCAGCUGCAUGGGUGAAACCAUACCUUCAGCUUCAGGUACAUACCUGGAUGUAGCACCUCCACCCUCCCAGCUCUUCAUUGGUCCUGCCUAUCUGGGGUUUCUGGACCGAAGCGCUCGUUGAUCACAGUUGAGCACCGAAUCAACGAAUAAUAAGAGACUUCAAGACCGUUGGAGGUUGUCUAAACUUUUAAACAAAGUCCCGAUUCAAGCUCCGGAAUUAGGUGCUCUGCCUAAUUGGGAUAGCUAGCGUCAUCGACAUUUGGCGCGUGGGUCCGCGCUGGAAAGACGGCAGCUUACAUGGUUAACUCGGCAGCAAACGCCUCGAAUAUUUUACUCAUUUCGCCCGACCUCGCUCUACUUAUUCCCAAUUUACUCUGCUAAAUCUUUUCAAUUAUUUGUAUUAUAGGUUAGUGGGUUUGCGGAAUUCGCAGCGCUCUGGGGCUGUUCUGAGUCAUACCCGAUGGCUUCUUCCAAUGGGUACGGCGCCCUGCCUAAUAACUCCCGGCCGAGCGCAAAUGGCGACGAGCAGCAACCUUUACUGAGCGGCAGCGACAAUCAGAUGUCUAAGACGAUGAGAUGGCGGAAGACUAUGACAGCGGACGUGCGCCGUGACUGGGCUGAUUUGGUCCUACUCGCCUGCUACAUCAUCACCGGUCUCCUGGACAGCGCAUCAAUAUCAACUUGGGGGUCUUUCGUGUCGAUGCAGACAGGCAACACCGUGUAUUUCGGCCUUGGGAUCAGCGCGCCUCACGAAUCAACGCGAUGGAUCAAGUCCGGAACGUCUCUAGGUUGCUUCUGUAUCGGAUCAGUAUUCUUCUCCGCCCUGCACCGGAUGCCCUCGCCGUCCCCUAAACGGCGCUGGAUCUUGUGUGCCUCAUUCACACUACAGAUGCUAUUCAUUGCCGCCGCUGCCGCCAUCCUAACUUUCGGCCCGCGGACCCCCGACGGCGUCGACCCUAAGGAGUCUAUCGAUUGGCCGGUGCUGGCACCCAUCGCGCUGGUCGCUUUCCAGAGCUGCGGCCAGGCGGUCGCGAGUAGGGCGCUGAAGUAUAAUGCCUUAACAAGUGUUGUGCUCACGAGUAUUUACUGCGACCUGUUCUCUGAUGCGGAGCUGCUCGCGCCGCGGAAUCCCGAGCGAAACCGGAGAGUUGGGGCACCGACGCUACUACUCAUCGGCGCGGUCCUGGGCGGAGUGCUAGCAAGGAGUAGUCUUGGUGCCGCGGGUGUACUGUGGAUCGCCGCCGCGAUGAAACUACUCGUUGUUAUCUCGUGGCUGGUUUGGCCAGCCGAGAAGGAAUAGGUGUAAAUAUCCUACCUGCGUUUGCGGACCUGUUUAGAUCUAGUCGUGUUCAACAGCCGAUUCCAAUUCCCGGGCUUUGGUGGCAAAAAGAGAAAAAACAUGAAACAACAGUAUCAGAAUUGGUGCAACGUCGUCUCCGAAUGGCUGGACCACAUGUAGCCGCA